CUCAGGUUGAUGCCUUUUUCAACGGAAUCAAGUACUUGAAUGCAGCUUAAAAUGAACCUGUUGCUAUGUAACUGAGCGUAAACAACAGGGAGUGUAAAGUGAUGCCAAGUCUGUCUCCGGUCACAAAACAGCAGCAUGAGCUCGGAAUAUAUUAUCUCUGAGCCCACGUCGAUGGACAAAGAGAUCCUGCAGCAUGCUGUGCAGGAACAGUUUAAACCAGAUCACAUCCUGCGUUUUCCAGAUGCGAGCCAAAUCCACUUUAAUGAAGUCCAGAAAUUAAGACUGGAGUACAAAAACAUCCUGAGGAUUGAUCACUUAUGGGACUUCUCAUCUUUGUCCAAACUUGAGUUAAAUAACAAUGCUAUAGAAAAGAUCCAGGGACUGGACCAUCUGAUUAAUCUGACGUGGCUCAAUCUGUCAUUCAACCAGAUUGAGAAAAUAGAGGGUCUGGAGUGUGUGCAGAAGCUUGAAGUGCUGAAUCUAUCCAACAACAAAAUCUCUGUCAUUGAAAAUAUGGACACACUUGAGAACCUAACUCACUUCUUCAUUUCAAACAACCUAAUUGGGCAGUUGGAUAAUGUGCUCUACCUCAGGAAGUUCAAGAACCUGGCAGCGUUCAACCUGUUUGGAAAUCCUUUCCUAAACGAGGGUGAUUACAGAUUUUUCAUUGCUGGCUACUUUCCAAAGUUGAUGUUCCUAGACUCCAGAAUACUUGACCAGAAGACAAGAAAGGAAGCAUCUAUCAAAUAUCACUAUGUCCUUGAGAAAAUGAGACUUGAAGAGCUGGAGCUACACCAGGCUGAUGAGGCUCGACAAAGACACGAAGCUGAGCUAAAAUUACACCGAGAUGCCUUUGUGGAGUUCCUUAAUGGCUCUUAUCUGUUUAGGACCAUGUUUAAAGAUGAUCCAAAAGCACAAACACUGCACUGUGCACCAGGAGUGGAUUCUCUGAUUCAAAGAUUUGAGCACCAAAUGGGGGAGCUGUGCACACAGUUAUUUGAAAGGGGCUUGGAUGAGCACAAACGAAGGGAGACAGAGGUGAAGUCUUUCUUCAGUUGCCAAGAAAAGGCUGUGACAGACUGCCAGGAGAAGGCAUCGCAGAUGUUAGCAAAGUUUAAUCAUGAACACAAAGAGCGGACAGAAGAGUUGCAGCAGUUAUCAGACCCAGAGGUACGCAAAGUCAAGAUUGACCACUGCAAUGGUGAAAUUAACCGGCUCUGUAAAAACCUCAUGACACUGGAGUUUCAGCUGGUCAGCGAGAUGGAGGAGAAGAUCAAAACUUUUGAGAGCAGAAUCUCAGACAUGGUUAGACACUUCAGUGAAAUCGCACAGGGGACGUUCUCCCACUGUCGAGAUCUUGAAGAUGACUAUUAUCAGAAGAUGCAAAUAGUUGCUGCUAAAAUCUUGCAGACAGUGGCCAGAGACGCCCGGAAGGAGGACUUGCCAGAUGAUGUUAUAAUGCUGUUUGAAGACAGAGAUGCAGUGAUAGAUGCACUGGCCACAGCCCACAAUAACCACCUCCUGAAGAUCAAUGACCGAGAGACUCAGCUGACUACAGGCAUCAGUGCCUGGAAGGAGGCCCUCAUUAAGGGGAUACGAGAUGAGGAACUGAAGCGGAACCGCAUGAACAUCUCAGACAUCCACAGAUAUGUGGAUAAUUUGAGGGAGCAGCUGGAGGAGUUGAUAUAGUGGAAACCACUUGGCGGCCUCAAGAACACUUCAAAAACCACUGUCAGUGAAUACAGUUGUAUUCACAAAUGAGGGUUCAAACACUACCGCUAAAAGAGAAAAAAAGAUACAGAGCAAGAACCUAUACUCGGGGCAUGAGCUACUGUGCUGUGAAAAAGUAUUUAACCCCUUUCUGAUUUCUCUGUUUUGUGUGUGUGUAUUUAUCACAGUGGCUCUGUGAUGUACUUGCACACUCGUUCUGCAAAUGAAAGGUUGCUGGUUCAGUUCCAGGCAGAGACACAAAUCCCCUUUGGGGGAAGGAAAGGCAUCUAUACAACCACCUCUGCUCACAACAAAGAAAACUGCAGUUCACUACAAACAAAUUCAGAUAAGACAACAUCAAUUGCCCUGAAUUUCUCUGUAAAAGAUUCAUUUAUUGGUGAAAAGGCCAAAACGACCAAGGAAAGAUAAGCAAAACGGUGGAGAGUAAACAAGGAAUCUUAAAAUCCAAAAGCCCUUGAAGAAGUGAAAAGUGGAGGUCGUAGGUCAAAGAAAUUGAAUAGAAAAUAAAGAGAAGAAAGUUAUAAGUGCAAAGCGGGAAGUGCUGAAUGUCAAGAAAGCACAGAAAGGGAAGAAAAGGAGAAAGCAGCAAGCAAAAAUACAAAACAACUGUUGGAAGUGCAGAAAGUAUUUGAAGAGGAGAAAAGUGUAACACAGAUGGCAAAAAAGAAACUUCAAAACACAAAACGGGAAGCGGAAAAUCCCAAGAAAGAAUUACAGGAAGUCCUUAAAGCGCUUGAAGAGGAGAAAAGUAAAAGGCAGGAGGCAACAAACAAACUGGAGAAUGCAAAGAAGGAAGCUGAACAGCUAAAGAAGGAGUUAUUGAACAUAGAACCAAAUGUACUGAUGAAGACAUCAUGGCCACAAGCUGCCCCAGACCAUCCACACUACCACCACCAUGUUUGAUUGUUGGCAUGAAUAAACUAAUAUAUUGGUAUAAAUCAGAAAGGAGGAAAAUAGUUUUUCACAGCACUGUAAAUGAGCAUUAGUCUAGAAAAGACGGUGGUGUAUGUGAAUAACGUGUCUUCUUUUUUCCAUCAUGGAUGUUUAACCUGUAUUUGUGGACGGUACAGCAAAUUAUGUUUUUUUGGGAAGCGGUCCUGAGUCCAUGCACUGGAAUAGUACCUGUGUGUAAUGCAGUGAUUUUGAGCCUUGUCUCUUAGGCAGAGAUUUUCUCUGAAUCUUUUGAUGAUUUUAUGUGCUGUAGAUGAAGAGAUAUUUAGUCUUUACAAUUGCAUGUUAUGGAACUGAAAUUGUUACACAAUUUAUAUACACUGUUUUUUUCCAGAUUGGUGAGCCGUUGACCAUUCUGCUCUUUUGUUUACCUAAUUAUGUAAUUGAACUGCUGUGAAUUAACCUUAAUUGAUCUCAACACUUUCUAAAAUAUUGUAUGAUUCUAUGUGUGAUUUCAGCACUUCAGACCCAUGUUUUUAUUAAAUAUACUAAAUCAUGCAAACGUGAGUUGGUCGCUGUCUGUGUUAAAGUGUAUAAAUAAAGCUACUGUU